AGCGGAAUUGAGUCAAGCAGCAGAUCUCGCUGUGCCGCGACCAAACGCCCUCCCUCGCUUCAAUUGCCCAUUGCCGCCGCCUCCUAAUCCCCUCCUCCUCCGGUGCUCGAUGCUGCGACAGGUCAAUUGUGUUGCAGCCGCGGCAGAUUGUGUCAAGGAUGGGCCGCCACUCGUGUUGCCAGAAGCAGAAGCUCAAGAAAGGAUUGUGGUCGCCAGAGGAGGAUGAGAAGCUGGUGAGGUACAUUACCAAGUAUGGCCACGGCUGCUGGAGUGCGGUGCCAAAGCAAGCAGGGCUUCAGCGAUGCGGGAAGAGCUGCCGGCUGAGAUGGAUCAACUACCUCAGGCCCGAUCUGAAGCGAGGUGUCUUCUCCGCAACCGAGGAGAAGCUCAUCAUUGAGCUCCAUGCUGUCCUCGGUAACAGAUGGUCUCAAAUCGCCACACAGUUGCCCGGGAGAACAGACAACGAGAUAAAAAACUACUGGAACACGUGCAUCAAGAAGAAGCUCAAGCAAAUUGGCAUCGAUCCCAACACGCACAGGCCGCUGGAUGAAGCGGGGCUGGCGGUGGCAUCUACAGGUUCCGCAUCGCCAGCCGCAAGCAUGGACAUGAACGUGAGUGUCGAGUGUAAUUUGCAUCACAGAACGACGACCUUGUACCCUUGCGCGUUUGAGGACAUUCUUUUCAACCCCACUUGCACUACUCGAUCCAUUGGUGUUGGACGCCACCACCUGCUCAAGCUCCAAGCUCUCGAGGGAAGCAGCAGCAGCAGCAGCAGCAGUAGCAGCAGCAGCAGCAACAUUCACUUGACGGAUUCUCUGGUGGAGAAAUUCCUGGCGAGUGGGCUUGAUCACACCAGGCAGCCAUCUGCAUCUUCCUACAGCUGUUACGACUCUGCGCUCAUUUCCUCGUCCUACGACAACGAGCUGCACAUGUUGCAAGGGCAUGGGCCGGGGGAUCAACGCCAGCCAGACCCAUGUCUCUUCUCCUUCCUUGCAGCGGCUGAGGAAGGAUUUGGGAUGGUCAGUAGCAGGGGGGGGCUGGCGUACUACGGCGACUCUUUCAACUCCGGGGAAGCAGUAGCUGCUGCAGCAGCAGGAGCUGGCAGCAACACGGCGAGCAGCAGUAGCGCUACAGCCACGGGGGGCGAGGAGGUGGAAGCGGAUGAGCACAGUAAUGUGGUCCAGUGGUGUGAGCUAAUGCCGGUGUCGUUCGCGGUGCACGAGUUUGAAAAAUGUCAUGAUCAGGAGGUGGCGUUGAAACAAGAGGAUCCGGGGCAGAGCCUGUGCUGGUCACAGCAAGCUGCAAUGGGCAUCGGCGUGGGCAUGUGCAUGUCUCCGGAACUGGAGCGGAUUGCAGCGGUCAUCGAUGAGAUGUAGUCCCAUCUCCUGUGGUGUGUGUCUGUGUGGGUGGUGUGUGCGUGUGUGUGUUUGUAUUUUUGGUACCUAAAGUCUAUAGAAAGUGUGACAAUGAUA